GGUAAUAUCAACAACAACAGAGAAGCUGCGCUAACAGAAGCGGACUGUUUCCCUGCACUGUUUGAGGUCUGUUCCAUCAUACCACACAGUGAUGUUCAGUGAAGCCAUGAAUGAAGUUGAGGAGAAACAUCAGUGUCAGAAACCUCAGAAUCUUGUAAAGCUGGAAAUGUCUUCUAGUAGUUUGCAGAAGAACAAGAUUUUCUCUCCAAAAAGAAAACAAAGAACAGAAGCAGGCGAGCCUUUCACCUGCUCUCACUGUGGAAAGAGUUUCAAACACAAAUGUUAUCUUCAGAGACACAUGACAAUUCACACUGGAGAGCGACCGUACGCGUGUCCUCAGUGUGGAAAGAGUUUUAAACACAAAUCAACGCUUAAAAAACACAUCAGAAUUCACACUGGAGAGAGCCGACACACAUGUCCUCAGUGUGGAAAGAGUUUCACACAGAAAUCAACACUUGUGAAGCACAUUAGAAUUCACACUGGAGAGAUACCAUACGUUUGUCCUCAGUGUGGAAAGAGUUUUAAACACAAAUCAACGCUUAAAAAGCACAUCAGAAUUCACACUGGAGAGAGCCGACACACGUGUCCUCAGUGUGGAAAGAGUUUCAGACAGAAAUCAACACUGGAGAAGCACAUUAGAAUUCACACUGGAGAGCGUCCAUACACAUGUCCUCAGUGUGGAAAGAGUUUCAACCGCAAAACAAAACUUGAGGACCACGUGAGAAUUCACUCUGGAGAGCGACCAUACACAUGUCCUCAGUGUGGAAAGAGAUUUACACAGAAAUCAAAUCUUGAGGUCCACAUUAGAAUUCAUACUGGAGAGCGUCCAUACACAUGUCCUCAGUGUGGAAAGAGUUUCACACAGAAUAAUUAUCUUAUGGUGCACAUGAAAAUUCACACUGCCGAGCAUAGAUAUGCGUGUGCUCAGUGUGGAAAGAGUUUCACACAGAAACAUAAUCUUGAGGAGCACAUGAGAGUUCACACUGGAGAGCGACCAUACCCAUGUCUUCUGUGUGGAAAGAGUUUCAAACAGCAAAAUCAUCUUAAGGGGCACAUGAUAAUUCACAGUGAAGAGCGCCCUUACCCAUGUCUUCAGUGUGGAAAGAGAUUUAAAGAGAGAUCGAUGCUUGAGGUCCACAUGAGAAUUCACAGUGAAGAGCGCCCAUACGUAUGUCCUCAGUGUGGAAAGAGAUUUAGACAGAAAUCAACGAUUGAGGUUCACAUGAGAACUCACACUGGAGAGCGCCCAUACACAUGUCAUCAGUGUGGAAAGAGGUUUAGACAGAGAAAUCAGCUUAAUGUCCACAUUAGAAUUCACACUGGAGAGAGUCCAUACACGUGUCCUCAGUGUGGAAAGAGUUUCAAACAGAAAACAAGUCUUGAGGCGCACAAGAAAAUUCACACCAGAGACCAUCCAUGAACAUGCCUUCAGUGUAGAAAUUCUCACCAUAAAAUGUAGAUUUGCUCUGAGAAAUUAAUUUUGCCUAUAUUUUACUCAUUCUCAAGCCGUCCCAUGUGUAUUUGACCUUCUUUAAUCAAUUCGAUUAGUUUGGAUCGAUUAAAUCUAUUGGUUUUUGUAAAAUAUUUGUAUUUCAACAAUUAUAAACUGUAAUCAGUGGCUUCCGGCAACAGGAAUCAUAGAACUGAUCACGGGGCGGGCUCAGAGAAAUAGAUUUGGAGAAACAUGCACUGUAAAAAAACUGUAAUUUUACAGAAAUGUUAUGUUAAUUUUUCACAGAUUUUACAUGUAAAAUAAACUGAAUGUUACUGUUUUUAUUUUUAUGUAUUUUUUUAAAUACAGUCAAAAGUCAUAAAAUUACAGGAAAAGACAGCAACAGGGGGGAAAAUAUCUGUGUUUUUUUACAGUUUAUUUUAGAAAUACGGUCAAAAAUUACAGAAAGACAACAAGUUUACAAGAAAAAUGGGGAACCGAUUUAAUAUAUAUUCUUAUAUCCUAUAAUUUACAGGGGGGGAACUCUACGGUAUAUUUCUGUUUUUACAUUUUACAAAAAAAAACGUUUUUUUUUACAGUGGGAUAUUCAAGACAGCAACAUUAAAUAUAGUGUCAGACAGAGAAACACUGGAGUUGCUGUUUCUCCCCCUCGUGUCAUCUAAGAUUUAGGCGACAUUGAGUGCGUUAACAUGCACAAAAUAAACGGAUAUCUAUCAACAAUCAGCUUAAAAAGAAACAUGUUUGCAUGCACAGUAAUAAACCGGCUACGCAUAAAACCGCGUUUACAUUAAAGUUUGAGACUUGCCGGGUUUCUCGCGUGCAGUGACGUCACCGUCGAUAGUCUGUUUAGUCGUUAAAAAUGUAGCGGGAAAACGGUCAGAAGCUGUAUUUUAUAUCUCAUCUCAUGUCCGCAGAACCCGCAUGCAACAAUGGUUUUUCAUUUUGACGUUUCUACAUCAACUGCAUGAUUCUAGAGCAGACUUUUAUGCAUUAUUUUACUAUUACUUCUUUUUGGGACUUUUACUAUUGCGCUCAGACAUGCGCACAUAAACAAAAUUGGGAGAAAACCGGUAAAGGCGUUUACAUGCAGCGCGAAAUCUGAGUAAUGGGCAAAAACUACCUCUGCCGAGCGGGUUUUGCUUACGCCGUUUAUGAGCUUUCCCCGAUAAAAGAAAAUCGUUUUACGUGUUUACAUGACCUUAGCCUACUUGUUAUCAGCUUAUUAAGCAUAACCGGAGAAAGACUGUGCUUGUAAAUGCACUCGUUGUUUCCAAAGUAGAACAGUAAAGACAUUCAUUAGAUGAAAUCGUGUUCUUUGGUCAUUCAUGCAAACGCUGUGUCUUGGAAAGUUCAAAAAGCAGACACGGUCAACACAAACGCAAUCCCUGCGCCUCCUGACGAUAUAUUAAUGUCUUAUGAAGCACAUCACAAGAUUUAUAAGAAACUGAACACUGCCCUUCAUAGUGAGUAGGGAACAUGGAACUCGUCAGAUGUUUCAGACACGCAAAGUGCAGUUUGGCAGAAUGUAGAUCACCAGUCAUAAUGUCAUUCAGUUUCUGAAUUGAUUAGUUUGCUUAAUAAGAUGUGAAUAUAUUGUCAGGAGGUGCACAUAUUUUUAUGUUGCCUGUACCUGUAUUUUGAACUUAAUAAACAUGUAUGGGAUUUGUUUAUUAAGUAUUUUGAACUUAAAAACAUUAUAAAAAAACUUUAUUAAUUUCUGCAUAAUGCAGUCUAGUACACAUAAUUGAACAGUACUUGAAUUGCAUAAAUUGUUUUAAAACUGAGCCCCUGGAGGAUAUAUUGAUUGAUAUAUACAGUAUAUAAUUUCCUUUGUAUCAUUUUUCUGCAAUCUUUUCAGAGGAAACUUUUUAAUAAACUGCAAAACUGUGACUUAAAACUGCAAAAGCUUCUUUUGUAAGUGAUCAAAAGCUUUAGUCAUGUCGAGGCUGUACAGGAGUUGUCACAAUGAAUGGAGGUAUGUAUGACAUUACAUUUAAAACACAUCACUAAGUUCCACAAGUUCAUUUUAAUUAUUUAUUUAAUUGCGUGAGAUGUGUUAAUGUAUUUAACUGUAAAUCAUUUGAUGUUGAAUAGGUUUUUACAAAUUUGUGGCCAUAGAUUUCCAUCAAAAGGUAUAACAAAACAUCUGUGUCCUAUUUUGCUUUAGAUAGACACAGAGAAGUAUCUGUACUAAGUAAAGCCUGGCUCAGACUACAGGAGUUUUAAAAUCCUGACAGAUUUCAAAUUCUGGCUGCAGCACACACAUAAGGAGAAUCUUAACAGAUUCUCUUAUUUAAAAUCUUAAACCUGGCUCAGACUACAGGAGUUUUAAAAUCCGGAAAGAUUAAAAAUUCUGGUUGCAGCACACACAUAAGGAGAAUCUUGACAGAUUCUCUUAUUUAAAAUCUUAAACAAGCUCACACUCAUCAGUGUACAACUAAAUUACACAUAUUUUACAUAUCCAUAGGAUAUGCAGUUUUGUAAAAGGAGCUAAUAGUAACCGUUUUAAUGGGUUUACUAUUUUUAGAUGUUGACAUCACAUCUACAUUUGAAUCUCUUUUUCAAGCACUACAAAAAUAGGUUUGCCCUUUGUAAACUUGCAUUUAUGAAUGUGAAAUGUCCAGAUAAGAAAACGUUGGGGCGUAAAGUUGUGUUUAUAAAUAAGCCUAAAGGUAGCAAGUGCAAAAAUAAAAAUUUAGAAAGUUUGAUUGGAAGUUUUUUUAUUUCAUAAUUGCACAUCAAAAGACAUCCUAAGACACCCAAACUACAGGAUAAUAUUAAGAUUAUCAUACCAGAGGACGCCUCUUACGUCAUCUCACCGGGAAACAGAAGUAAACAAAGGGACAUCGCAAAGUUAAUUUCACGUGAUCUCACCUGGCAACGGUUGUGUAACGUCUUUGUCGCUCUCUGAAUGAUUCUCUGUCUGUCUGUCCAAAGCCGCGGGAACGUAUUUUGAGCAGGGGGUGCUAUAAUGCUUUUUGCUAGGGCUGAAGUUAUGACUGUGCUUUGGGCGAGCCGCUUAAGUUUAAUGUUAAUAAAUAACGGAAGAAAAAAAAUAGUUGCUGCCGAGAAUAAAGAUGAAUGCCAAUGUGAUUAUAAGACACAGCAUAAAAACAAACACAUAAACGCAUGUUAUAUGUAUGCCUAUAGCCAAAUAACAAUCUGUUGAACGAAACUACAAGCUGCGCGUUAGCAGUUAACUUACCCGGUACAUUUAAAACCGACGCGACUUCUCCCCAGCUCUUUUCCUUAUCUGUGCGGUUGUGGUAUGUUUUGGAGGAUACAUUAUAUAGACAAUCAUGCUGUUGCCACAAGUUGUUCUUCCAUCUCCGCUGUCCAACGUACCCUUGCAGGAGCUUUCGCGGUCGACAUUUUUAAAGGUCUGUCAGUCACCUUGCAGAUGUGCCUCUCAUUGGCUGUUGCGAAAGUACCAACGUCAUCACCCCGAUUUAAAAUCCUAAAUAUCAAACAUGUUUGAUAUGAUCGGGGCGGCCCCGAUUUCUCUCGGAGCAGAUCGGGAGGUGUAAGAUUCGAUCUGUGAACGCCUCACAUUACGUGAUAAUCUGGGCCGAAUCUCGGACCCGAUCGAGGUUCUGGACCCGAUUUUUUCAAAGAUUCUCGGGAGGGGAAAUCGGGGUAAAUUCUGGCCGAGAAUCCUGUAAUCUGAGCCAGGUUUAACAUAAUCCAAAUAAUUUAUAUUUGCUUGUUAGUGGAAUAGAUUUAAUUUAAGUAAUUAAUGAGGACACUUAUUAAAAUUCGUAGUAUUUUAAUGUUUGGAUCAUCUAUAAAUUCUCCCUUAGAAAUAUGGAAUAUAUAUGAUAAAUCUUCAAAUAAAAUAAACAUGAUUAAAUAAAUGAAGACUAUUUUGUCUAUUGACUAUUUCUAAAAGAGAAAACAGAAUUGUGUCCUAAAUUACAUAUUUAUGAGCUUUAUUUUAAUGAAGACAUCUGUCCCGUCUGUAAGUACAAAGAGACUUAACAUGUCACACAUGCUGCUCUUUUAAUAUUGUGAUGAAGGGCAAUACAGCAGCAGCGCGCGCAGCAAAACUGCAUCUGACAGGACCGAUCUCUGUUGUUUACAUUUUAUUGUAGUGGUAAAACAUUAAACAAAAAAUGUUUACUUGUAGUCUGACAGGUUGUCCACUGACACCCGUAACAACUCGUGAAGUGCAUUUAACUGACAGGAAUUAAUCUCUGUCGGAGAAACCUUUUUGUUUAAUCAGGUCACACGCUUAAGAUCAAAUAAACCGCUUUUAUGAAGAUGGAAAAGUGAAAUGCACGUGAAAUGUAUUAUUUGAAUGUUAAAUUAUUUUACAGCACUGAUGUGUGCGAGUAAAUGAUCUUUGCUUCGCUGUUUCACUGCAUCAUUGAAGUUAUGACGUAUUCUCAAAAAUAUUACGACCGUAUUCUCGUAAUUUAGAUAUGUAUUGUUUUCAUCGACGAUUCUUCAUCAUUUAUUUUUUCACACCUGCAGACAAACACAAGAACUGUGAUGAUCAGAUCAUGAAAAUAAAAACAUCGCCAUUUAAGAGACUCAAACUAACGUGAAACACACACACACACACACACACACACACACACACACACACGGUAAGAAUUUAACGAUAAACUUCACUUCAGCUUCUGAUAUAAUGUCUUUAUAUCUUAUCAUGCUUGUAUUACAACUUGGAAACGAUCUUAAAACCGAUGAGAUGUUGAAGAUCCGAACAAGA